AUGGCUAGCAACUCAACUUCUCCACUCGAUAUCCUUAUGUGGACUAUUGUAGGAAUUUUAUACAUGGUUUCUUUUCUAGGAAACGGAUUUAUCAUGGUUGUUCAGGGACAUCAAUGGCUUCAAAAAAGAAAGAUGUUGCCUUAUGAUUUCCUCUUAAUUAGUUUAAGCACCUCCAGAUUUAUAGUGCACCUGCAAUCUUCACUGGACUAUUUUCUGUAUAUUUUCUCCUCAGAGACCUAUAUGAGUUCUUAUAAAAUAUUUGGAUAUGUUGUUUGGAUCUUCUUCAAUCUGGCCAGUGUUUGGGCUGACACAUGGCUAAAUGUUUUCUACUGUGUGAAGGUUGCUAACUUUACCAGCUGCUUCUUUCUCUGGCUGAAGCCAAGGAUCAACAGGCUUGUACCCAGACUAUUUGGAAUGUCAAUAGUCAUUUUCAGUAUCUUCCCUGUUCCUUUAGUUAUUGACUAUCUUGGACAAAAAUGUGGGGGCAAUUUGACUAUUAUUUUGCUACUGAAUGUCAGCGAAAAUGAAUCUGAUAAGAAAAACCUAUUUUAUGUGCAGCUGACUUAUACUUCCAUAACUUUCUGCACCAGUGUCAUUGCAUCCACACUUUUGUGCAACUGCAUGGCCAUGUGA